AUGCGAAACGAACCGUACUUGCUACUUGGUAGCGAACAAUCGUCGGUUUCUGUUCUCUGUAAAAAUUAGCCAAACUCAGCUUCAGCUACUCAGUCAAUUUUAGUUUCAUUUACGAUUUUUUUACGGAUCGUUCGCGAUUGUCUUUCGACACAAUGAAUUCGAUACAAGUACAAACGAAACCGUACGAUGGCCAGAAGCCAGGCACCAGCGGUCUUCGCAAAGCUGUGAAAGUUUUUCAGCAACCAAACUAUACGGAAAAUUUUAUCCAGGCCAUACUCAGUGCCGUUCAGCCUUCGGCCGAGGGCAGCACUCUGGUAGUCGGUGGUGACGGACGGUAUUUCGGCACCGAAGCUGUUGACUUGAUAAUCAAAAUAGCCGCUGCUAAUGGGGUACGUGUAACAAUAAUUUUAAAUAAUUUGUAAACCCCCCCCCCUGUAUCGAAUACAAAAUACUAUUGAAGUUGUUAUUGGGAUAAUUUCACAUUUUUAAUGUACUUACCUACCUAUUCGAAAUUAUUAAGUCAUUAAGAAUUCAAAUUAUUUUCAAAUUGCAGUAGCAAUAACUAGUACAAGUUUGUUACGAAAAAAAAAAAUUGAUUACAUAAUACAUUAAUGAAGUCUGAAUUGAAGCGUUUGUAGAUAUUUUGGUCAAUAGAACUUAUUUUAACUUAUUUUUUAAAAUAAAUUAUUAUUAUAAUAUUGCAUGGCAUUUGAGCAGCCCAAUUGCAGUUAUUUAUAGUUAUAAUUAAUUUACAAUAAAAAGUAUAAUAUAUUUUUAUUAUUAUUAAAAUAAAUAUAUCAACACUUUUGAAUCUGUUUUUAAUUAUUGAGAAAUAUUCUAAUAUAAUAUAGUGUAUUAAUUAUUGUAAUACAUUAUUAAUAAUAUUUCUUAAUCUAUAUUUUUUAUCUACAGUGUAAGAAGUAAACUUAACCACCAUGUCAUGAUAAUAAAUAUAAAAUUUAGGUAUCCAGGUAUCAUUCAUUCACCUAAUGUUAUAAAUUUAUAAUUUCAAAUUCUAAUAUUAAUAUAUUAACAUAUGUUAUUUUUGUUUUGAGGGUUUUAUAAAAUUAUGUUGUGUAAUAAAAAUUGUUUUAUCUGAAUUUUAUUAAAAUGAUGCUUUUUGAUUGAAUCAAAACAAUUUGGCUAUGGUGGUAGAUACCUAACCUGACAAUCGUGUAUUCUUAUAAUUAGGUAAUAGUGUAAACUGUCCAUAUUUGCAAAUUUUAUUUCAAAGAUUUAAAUUAUUAAUUAAUUGUAAACUUUUUAAACUUAUUGUUUUGUAUUAUAAGUUAUUAAGUCAAUUUGGGUAAUUUUUUUCAAGUUUUGUACAUUAUGUCAAAAUAAUAAGGUGCCUAUAUUAUUUAAAUUUGGGUAGUAAUCAGUCAAAUAAUUAGUACACCCUAAUGGUAUUGGUGCCUAUAGCUCAGAUUAAGUAAAAGUUUAUAUUAUGAAAAUGCCUUGACCAUAAUUUGCAGUUUGGUAUUCUCUCAGAUUAUUUUAGAUUUUGACUAAAGAAAAAUCUAUUUUAAUAGGUACCUAUUUUUUUUUUUAAUAUAUAAUGAACUUCAAGUUUUGUAAUUAAAAUUAAAGAGGUUAAUGUUCUGAAAAAUAUUGCUGAAAACUGAAAUCUAUAGUACUGGACAACAAUUUAAAUUCUGAAGUCUAGAAUAUUUUUUCAUUGUAAUUUCAAUUAACAUAAAAAUUGUAAUGAUAAUAUCACUAUUCUAUGCCUAAAAUCAGGUAAAUGCACUCAACAUUUUUAUUUGUGAUUUCUCUUACAUUAUUAGUAUUUAUAUCUAUAUAUUUACUAGAGUAUAAAACAUUUUAAAUCUGUGUUAAAUUCUUUGGAUUAAAGUACUAAAAUAAAAUUGUUUAAUUUACAUAUGAUACACAUUGUUAUGGAAACCUAGAUAAAAAUAAUAUAACUUAAUUGUAAAGUAUUUAAUGCAUUAUUAAUAUAGGUUCUAAGUACAAAUUUAGUUUCACUUGUUAUUUUUUUGUUAAUUAUUCUUAUUUGUUUGAAGUAGUUUCCUAAUCUUUCACUAAUAGUCCUGUUAUUAUGGGUAUACUAGAUUACUAGCAAGCUUAAUAAUAUUAAUAUUAAUUGAUUAGUUGGAGAUAAUAAUUAAUAGAUAGUAAAAAUUUAAUGUACAUAAAUGUUUGUAUAAUGAUAAAUUACUAAACAAAUUAUUACCUUGUUCAAGUUGACUUUCAAAAGUUAUUGGUAUCAAAUGCAUAGGUAAAAGAGAGAAACGCAACAUAUAAAAAAAAAUAGCUUCCUAUUAUUUUUUGCUGUUAAUAAUUAUUAACGAGAUUAUAUUAUCUAUAGUUGUGUAAUAAAAAUAUGUACCUGUUUAUAUAUUGACUUACAAUAUUUUAAAGCAAGCUAUCACUAUAGAAUAAAUAUAUUAUAUAAUUUAUUUAUUUUGUACUAUUAUCAACUAUAAUGUUGAAUUAUAAGAGCAUUAUUUCAUGGUGUUAUUAUAAAGUUAAAAUAUAUUUUUAUUAAAAUAUUGAUCUUCGGUAAUUUCAAAAAUAUUAAUUAGAUAGUUUCAUGUUUUUAAUAAAAUAAUUUAAAUUUUCUGCAAAAAAUAAGUACCUAUAUUGUUUUAUGACUACAAUUUUCACUGGUUCACACAUAAUAUAUUGUAGGUAUAUAUAUAAUAAUAUAUAGAUGCACAUAUUAUGAAAUAUUAUCUAUUUAAAUUCACCAGAAAAUCCAUUUUAAUACAAACUAUGUUACAUUAGUACAAUAUGUACUAUUGUAUAUAUAAGAUUCUGAUUAAAAGCAGUAUAAAUUAUUAACGCAUAUUGGCAGUAGCCAAUUAUUGAAUAGAUAUUAAAAAUAUAGGCUAGUAAGUUUUUUUUUCAAAACUUAUAUUUAUAAAUAAAUAUUGUAACAAAUAUCAGAUAUCGGAUUAAAGUAAAAAAAACAAAUUUGUUAGUUCUAAAACCUUAAAUAUAAAUAUAUUACAAGGUAGUGAAAACAUUUUUAUUAUUAAUAGAACUGUAUACAUCUGUGAAUUAGUUAUAAUUUGCUUGAAUAACUUAGUUCCAUAAUAUUUUAGAUUAUGAGUGUAGCGAAAAAUUUAUGAUAUUAAUGAUAUUAAUUUUUUUUUACUGUGAUAAAAAUUUUUACCCGAAAUCUUGCUUUGAUAUGUAAGUGUGCCAUCUUCUCUGAAAGGAAAUGUUGUCUAGAUAGGUAUUACUUUUGUGAGGUCAAUGAUUUUCCAAGGUUUUCACAAUAUCUGGGAAAACCCGGGAUAAAACUCAAGAAAAACAAGUAAUUUUACGAAAAUAAUGCUUUUAUUAUUUUCAAUCUUGGUUUUUGUUGUAAUUCAGUUAAAAAUAUUUGUUGAUACUUGAAAUUUUGACAGAAAACUUUUAUUACCUUUAGGUAGUACUACCUACCUUUGGUAGGUACUGUGUGGAUGAAAUUGUUAGCCAAUACAGAAAUUAUUUAAAAUUUAACAGGUUUAUUAAAAUAACUAUUUUGUAGUAAAAAAAAAUUAUUUGAUAUUUAUAUAGUCAAUUUUUUUAUAAAGGAAUUUUAAUAUUAAAUUUUGAAGAAAAUUGUUGUUAAAAAUGAUGUGAAACAAAUCUAGUUACUGGUCCUUGCAAAUUUUUCAAGUUUUUGUAUUGAACAUUUGUAUAUUACUGAUUUAAGAAUGAUGGUGAAGUUAGGACUGACUUAGUUUCAAAAUUAUAGCUUUUUGAAGUUCUGAUAUUAUGCAGAUAUUAUAUGUGUUAUAUUAAGUAAUGAUAAUUAUAUUUUAUGUCUAUUGUAAUCUAGUGGUAGUAUGCACCUAUUGUUAUCCCAGAAAUCGCAAGUUUUAAACCCGAGUCUUGAAAAAACAAAUGCAUCAUAUUGACUGUGCACUUAGACACCCAAGCCGUCAUAAUAUGACUUAUAUAUUGUUGAAAAAGCAAUAUUAUUAUCAGAGCUCUGCUCAGAAUCAAUUUUUGUUAGCAAUGAUUAAUCUUUGCUUACAUUAAAUUUCCCUCUAUAUACCUUCCCAACUUCUCAUCUACAAUAGGAUCCACCCAUUGUGCAAAUGUCCAUUGUUUUUUUUUUUUACCUAGAAUAUUUACCGCAUAACAUAAUAAAUGUUAUAUAAGUUGCCCAUUUAUAAAAAGUACACUUUCAGGAUAGCAAUAUAAAUAAUAAAUACCUUCCCUACUUUUACAUUAUUUAUAUUAACUAAAUUAGCAUAAUUUAUUUUAUACUUUUUUAAUUAAAAAUUUGAUUUGGUUUAUUUACAGGUGAAAAAGUUAAUUGUUGGACAUAAAGGAAUUUUAUCAACACCAGCCGUGUCUUGUAUAAUUAGAAAAUAUAAAGCGACUGGAGGCAUAGUACUAACAGCUAGUCAUAACCCUGGUGGACCUGACAGGGAUUUCGGUAUUAAGUAUAAUACGUCUAAUGGAGGUAAGUUUUUAUUUUGCUUUGUGUAACUAAUUGUUUUAAUGAAUAUUAUAAAUACUGUUCUGCACUUUGUAGACAUUUAUGGUUUCAUUUUUUUUUUUCUAUAGUAAUGAUUUAUUAUAAUGUACAGAUAUAAAUUAAAUUACUUGAUAGUAUACUUGAUAACUUUCAACCUAUAAUAGUGGCAUACCCAUGGUGUAAAGUAUUUCUGUAUUUUUAUAUUUUACUUCUAACCAGUAAUAUUAUAACCCCUUUAGGCUGGUACCAUAAAUCUUGCCCACCACAACUUACAAAAAAUGAAAGUGAUUAUCUAUUAACGUAAUUCCUAUUAGUAUAGUUCAAAUUGUUAUAAUUUCUACAACUUUUUAUCACGUAUUAAAUAAUAAAGGUGUGUUAUAAUAUGUUUAAUUGAUAUUAAAAAUAUAUUAUAUGCUAAUAACUACGGUCAUAUUAUUUUACUGCAAAGCUGAUUUUGCUGUAAAUAAAUGUAUGCUGAUAUUUUAUGUAUUAUCAGCUAUACAUUUGUAAUAUAAAAUAUAUAAAACAAUACAGUAUUAUUUCUUACAGGUCCUGCUCCUGAAUCCGUUACAAAUGCCAUCUAUGAGCUAACCAAAAAUAUUACUUCUUAUAACAUUGUACCAAAUUUGAAAUGUUUCAUAGAUUAUUGUGGCUUACAAAUUUUCAAAGUAUAAUUUGUUUACAAUAUUUAUUUUUACAUAAACCUGAUUAAAAUAUUAUUUGAAUUUAUUAACUAUAGAUUGAUGGCAAGGAAUUUGUAGUAGAAGUCAUCGACUCUGUUGUAGAUUACCUACAAUUAAUGAAAAGCAUUUUUGAUUUUGACGCCAUUCGCAAAUUAAUCAAGGGAUCUGAAAACAGGGCUCCUUUUAACAUUCUUAUUGAUUCAAUGAAUGGAGGUAAAAAUAAAAUAUAUUAUUUGAAUUUUUCAGUAUAUUAUCAUAUUUUUGUUAUAAAAAUUAUUUUCUUCAAUUUGUUAUUGUAGUUCUAAUUGCAUAUUAAUUGUUAUCCUAAAAUUUUAAUUUAAGGCCUGUUAUAAUUUAUAAAUAUUCAUAUUUUUAGUGACGGGUCCAUAUGUAAAAAAGAUUUUUGUUGAUGAAUUAAACGCACCUUCACUAAAUGCUAUUAAUAUAAUACCUUUGACUGACUUCGGUGGACUUCAUCCAGACCCUAAUCUCACUUAUGCUUCUGACCUUGUAAAAGCAUUACAAAUUGGAGAGUAUGAUCUAGGAGCUGCUUUUGAUGGCGAUGGUGUAAGUUUUUAAAUUUUUAAUAUAUUUAUCAAAAAAAUAAUAGUAUUUAAUUUAAAAAUUUAUCUAAAUAUUAAUGCCUAUGUAAAAUGUUUAUAAAAAAAUUUACCUAACUGAAUAUUGAAUUGAAGUUUGAAAGUCAAUCAAAGUAGUUAUUAAGUUUUCAAAUAGUUUAAACCGUUAUGAUGUUAUAUCUAAAUCAUUCAUUAAAAAUAUAAAAUAUGUGUAGACUUAUGUACCACUUAAGUCUUAUAUAUAAAUCCAAUUUUAUAUAUUAAAUUUAAAAUUAUUAAUAUACAAUUUUAUUUUAGGACCGUAAUAUGAUUCUUGGUAAAAAAGCAUUUUUCAUCAAUCCAAGUGAUUCGUUAGCUGUAUUAGCUAAUAAUCUAGAAUGUAUUCCUUACUUCAAGGUUAACGGUGUCAAAGGCUUUGCAAGAAGUAUGCCAACAGGUGCUGCUGUUGAUAGGUAAUUUUUUUUUAAAAUAUGUCAUUUGACUUUCCUUGAUUUUAAUAAAAAAAAACUAUUCAGAGUGGCUGCAAAAUGUGGAAAAGAAUUUUUCGAAGUGCCUACCGGUUGGAAAUUCUUUGGUAAUUUAAUGGAUGCUGGACGUUUAUCACUGUGUGGUGAAGAAAGUUUUGGGUAAUUAUUAUUGUCAAACCUAAUAUAUGUUUACGUAUUUAUUAACUAAAUUUGUUUUGAUGGUUUUUUAGAACUGGUUCUGAUCAUAUUCGUGAAAAAGAUGGUAUUUGGGCUGUUUUAGCCUGGCUGUCAGUUUUAGCCAAUACUGGAGAAUCUGUAGAAACAUUACUUACCAAUCAUUGGAAAACUUUUGGACGUAAUUUCUUCACCAGAUAUGAUUAUGAAAAUUGUGAAUCUGAACCGAGUAAUCAAAUGAUGUUAGAUUUAGAAAAAAAAGUCACAAGUUCCUCUAUUGUGGGCCAAAAGUUUGUAUUUGGUUCUAAAAGUUAUGUGUUUAAAGAAGCUGAUAAUUUCAAAUAUUGUGAUCCAAUUGAUAAGAGUGUCACCACAAAACAGGUAAUCUAACGACAAAUUUUUCAAAUUUUUUUAAACAUUUCAUACCAGACUAAAUUAAUUUUCAAAAAACAAAAGUUCAUAAUAAACGAAAUUUGUCAAAGGGCCCAGUAACAAAAAUAUAGUUACUGGUUUAAUUUUCCAUUAUAUUCUUAAUAUUGUGCAAAUGAUUACAAUUAGUUACUACUUUCAUUUCACCAUCGAUUACUCGUGAAAGAUUUGUUUACGUUAGCUGAUUUCUUCAUCUAUCUAUUGUUAAUUUUGUGUUCAUAUUAUUUUAUUAAUAAUUCAAAUUACACAUUGAAUAAAUUGUGUUUUCAUAAAAUAUAAUUAUUAAUUAUUGCAUAUUGCUAUAGUUUUAUAAUAUACGUAAAUUAAAUUCAUAUUUUUCUUCAACAACAUUUGGAGUAUUUUAACAAUUUCAAAAAAAAAAAAAAAAAUACCUUCUAGUUUGAUUUUGUAUUAAUUAAUAUUUUUUUUUAAUAAAAUUGUACAGAAAAAAAAAAUUCAAUAUUUAAAAUGUAAUUUAUUCAAUUAUUUAAGUUAAUUUUUUUACAGGGUAUACGAGUAUUGUUUGAAGAUGGAUCUCGAUUUGUGUUUCGUUUAAGCGGUACUGGUAGCAGUGGUGCUACUAUCCGUUUAUACGCAGAAUCAUAUGAACCUCCAACUUCAAAUAUUUUAGAAGACGCUCAAGUAGCUCUAAAACCUCUAGUUCAAGUAUGUUAAAUUAAAUAACAUUUGAAUGUUUGUAUUUAAAAGAAAUACCAUAAUUUUAUUGUAUUCCAAUUUCAGAUAGCUCUUGAAAUGUCAAAAUUGGUGCAAUUCACUGGGCGUACAGCUCCAACUGUGGUCACAUGAGGAUCCAUGUUUUUCUUAUGUUAAUUAAGAAAAAAAAGUAUAGUUGUUUUUUUUCACAUUUUGUUAAAGUUUCUGUGAUUUUUAAAUUUAGUUUAUUAAAAUUAUAUUAUACCUAGUAUAUAUUAUAUAUAUUUUAAAAAAGAAAAUUACCAACAUUUUCAUUUAAACUUAUUGAAUACUAAAUACUUUAUAAGAUUUUAAAUUAUUAUAUAAAAUUCAUUCUAAGAAAUGAAUGCUAACAAGUAUAAAUAAGUGGUUUGGUGCAAGAAGGGCCAAUGUCUGUAUUACAAUAAUUAUGGAUUUUAAAUUUGAUUUUGGGAAGUAAAUAAAUGUUUUCAAUUUAUAUUUUUAGCCCUUCUAGUAACAAACCACAGAAAUAUAUAAUUGUUUGUUUAUAAAAAUAUAAAAGUAUAAUUUAUUAUAUAGUAAAUAUUUAUGUACUUAAUUUAAAUAAUUUUCAUCAAAAUUUAAUUCUAUUACUGUAUAUCAUUAUGAUUCAAUUAAAAAAAAAAAAAAAAAGAUAAGUUCUUGGUUUUCUUUUUUAAAUCUUUUUACUAUAUUAUAUUUAUGUCAUUUUAAAAUUUUUAUGAUUUAAAAUAUAUUUUAUUGUUAGCCAAACAACCAAAAUAAUUAUAAUAAAAUUCUGUAAAUUGUGAUGAAUUACAUUUAUUGUAGUUGACAGAUUUAUAUAAAAUAUUUAUAUUUUUUUUCAUUAUAAAAGAUGAUGUAUAAUAGGGACAAAACAUGCAAUUAAAGUAAUAGUUAAUUUAUAUUUAACAGUAUAUAUUGUCAACAAUUUAUUUUUGUUGUUUUUUUUUUAUCCAUUUUGGCAUAAAAAAUUAAUUAUGUUUAAUUUUAAAUACAUAUUUACAAUAUGUCUUAAGAAUCUAUUCGCUAAGUUCAUUAUUAAUUUUUAAGUAUAAAUUUACACUGAAACUUAAAAAAUUAGGUGGGGACCUUGAAAGUUUUUGUUGAUGUUGUUUUUGAUCUGUAAAGAGUAAUUUAAACUCUUUAACCAGUUGAUACUGCCAAUAGCUUGUGGAGUCUAAUUUGCCCGAUGGGAUUUAAAAUAUCGACUCGAUUAAUGUUAUAAUUAUUAAUAUUAUUCUAUUACAACCUUAAAUGGAAUCUAGAUGAAUAUUGUAAAUAGCAUUUUAAAUUAUGCGUGCUUUCCACACAAACCUAUAAGUAUGAAUAGUAUAAUAUUUUGUGUGUACUUGGAAAAAUUAUAUUAAUUUGUAGAAUUCUGUUGGUCUUUCACCACCAAGUAUCUAUAUACCAGUGUAAGACUUAUAGUAGAUGUGUGUUGCCAAUGACUUAUUAUUUUUCUCUUUGGGAAAGGUAACAUUUUUUACUGUCCCUUUUCCUUAACAUAAAAAUUAUUUAUAAAACUUUUUUUUUUUUUUUUUUCAAAACAAUUUAUAGAUAAUUCCUUAAAUACUUUCAAUCUUGUUAUUUACAAAACUACCUAGUCUUUAUCAAAUUUGAACCAAUAAAGUAAAUAUCACUUUAACAUGAAAUAGAAACAUACAUAAAAUCUAAUGGAAUUGAAUAUUCCUUUUCUUUUAUGAUAAAUAAGAAUAGCUGUAGUACUUGCAUAAACAAUACAUAUACAUUAUUUUUAUGAAGGUUUAAAAUGUAUUCCUAUGUUUUUAGUAAAUCCAUAUUAACUAAAUACACAUAAAUUCUUACCUUUGCUUUUUUUAUUUAAUUAGGUAAUUAUUAGUAUUUAUUAAUAAAUAUUUAAGUAAAAUUAUUUGUUUUGUUUAUUAAAUUUGUUAUUUAUAUUUUAUAUAAGUUUUAUUUAAAUGUAAUCUAUCUAAUUUAACUUAAUUAUUAUAGAAUUUUAUUAUACAAAUAUUGUAUUUAAAACCUAAGUUUUAUAUGUUAAAUUUUAAUAAUGUUUGAUCUAUUUGUGCUUAUUUGUAUUGUAAACAUUAUUAUAUAAUUUAAAAUUAUUAUUUUUGAAAACUAAUAAUCUGCCUAUAAAAUUUAUUUCGUUAUUGAACCAUUCUUACACAUUUUAAACAGUGCUGUAAUAAAGAUUUAAAGGUUGGUGAAAUGGGCGGUUGCCAAAGGUACAGCAAAGUAAAGGACGCAUUUGAAUGAAAUUAUUAUAAUUUAUAACUCAUUAACAAUAAUGACUCAAUAAUUUAAAAAAUAUAGCAGUAAUUUGAUCAACACGUAAGAAUGUAAUAUAAUAAUAUAUACAAAUUAUACCUAUAAAAUGAAAAAAAUAAGCAUCAAAAUGAAAUUUGCCAUGGGGCGCCACGGGGUAUAGUUACAGCACUGAUUGUAAAUGUGUUGUUAAAUCCCAACAUUAAUAUAUUUAAAUUAGUUUUUCAAGUGAAUUUAAUAAGUAUCUAAAUUGUACAACUAUUUAUGGUGUAUGUUGGAAUGCAAAUGUUUUACUUUUUCAAAUAAAUAAUCUCAAUAAGUAAUAUUGUCUACUAUAAAAUACAUUUAUUUCUAACUUUUGGACAUGGGGAAAAAACUGUGACUUCAAAAUUUCAAAAAUGUUACACCAGAAAGUAAAAAUAACACUGUAUUAUUGUAUUAGUAUUUAAAUAACAAUGUACAACAUAAAUAACACAAACUAUAGAAAUUAAAUAUUAUCAGCUGUAUUCAAUAUUAUGUAAUUGUAGUGUUAUGCAAAUUUGUAACAUUAAAAUUUUCCAAUUUCAU